UAAUUUCUCACUAGGUGGCGACUCUAUCCGACAGUCACCGGGAUCAGGUUGAUCGGGCGACUUGUGCUAAGUUUUAUCCUUUACCACAUGUUGAUUAAUUAAAUAGAAAUAUAAUAUCGUGGCCAAAAUCAUUAUUUCGGGCUACCGUUAUUCGUUUCUUAACUCCGGCAACGCAAAGUUCCAUAUAGGUGAUUUCCUGCGUAAACGGAACGGAGUUACGUCACGCAUUAGCAAGAUAUCGUGUGUCGGAGCAGACCGUGUUCCCCCGUACGUCUCCUCGAAUACAAAGUGUUCCUGCUUUCUUUGCUUGAACUCGCGUGUCUGUCAAAACUCGAAAGUCACGCGCGCACUAGACUUUCUCAAACGAAUGUUUCAGAUAACCGUAGCAUUGACGCAUAACCUAUAAACGAUCGUGACUGCGAAAAGUGAUCGUGAAUGUUGAUAGUUGUUACGGCCAGUACGGCCUCCUGUCAGUCGUUUCGGGGGUCGAAAGAGAUUUGAAAAUUAAAGCCUCUGCUCUAUAACGACUAGUUCUUGAGAUUAAAAGGAAACGAAUCUUUAAUAUUUCCCUAAAUUGGGACGUUUCGAUCGAAGAAUUUUUUUGACGUUGAGCAGUCACCGGGAAAUUAGUCAAAAUUCCGGUCCCCACUAAAAAACGAGAAGGUCCGCAACAAACCGGCGGCAGAAAUCCACCAACCACUGGCGAAGAAUCCUCGUCGGGUGGCAAAAUGAAUAGCAAAAGAAAGAAUCGCUCUAAUACUAACAGAUCACCACGUGCCCGUGGUCCACAAGAAAGAUGUGUUGCUGCUGAAGGUGUAUAUAAUAAUGCUCAUUUCAUGCAUGCAAUAACCAGUCAUGUUGGCAACAUUGUACAGAUUCAAACAUUAAAUGGUUCUGUAUACGAGGGUAUUUUUCGUACCUUCUCCAGUCAAUUUGAUGUUGUACUAGAAAUGGCGCAUCGGGUAGAAGGUUCAGGAAAAAUAAGCGUAGAAAGUGUAGUAGAAAAAUUAAUUUUUAAACCGCAAGACAUUAUCACUAUGUCUGCUAAGGAUGUUGAUCUAGAUUAUGCUAUACGUGACACAUUCAGAACAGAUACUGUUAUUAGCAAAUACAAUGGUUUAAUCGGCGAGAAGGAAUUGGAACCUUGGGAUGCCCCUCCAGCUACCAUGAAUGGAGAUGAUUUAGAAUUAGAUGGUACUACUAAUGGAUGGGAUGCUAAUGACAUGUUUCGUAAAAACGAACAAAAGUACGGAGUUCAAACGACAUACGAACCUACUUUGGCUGCCUACACUUUGCCACUUCAAAGAAAGGAUACAAAAGAUUAUAAAGAACAAGAACAGAAGGCUGCGGAGAUAGCUAACGAAAUAGAGUCACAACCAAAUCAUAAAGCAAGAUUAGAGCUUGAGAAUGGUGAUGAAGAGGAAAGAUUUGCAGCUGUGGUGAGACCAAAUGAAGGUAAAUAUAUUCCACCUCCACUGAAGAAGAAAAAUGGGAAUAGCGGAAAAAUGAUGAGAUCUAGCGAACCUCCGCCUUCACCAGGACCAGCAACCACUAAUAAAAAUGUUUUUAAUCAACAACCUCCGUCCACUGUAAAUGUAAACAUUCCUCCGUCAUCCAAUCUUCCCAUCGGAAUGCAAAAUGCUCAUCCUUCAGUACAACAUCCGGUAUCUAUAAAUCUGGGAUUGCCACCUAGUGGAGUAGUAGUUACGUACAAUAAUCCUCCGCCGCCAUUUGUACCGUCAUCGGCAACACAACCACCACCGCCACAAGUUCCUGUGAUGCAGCAAACACAACCGCAAUCGCAACCUGCUCCUGCUGUACCGCAAGUAGCUUUUCAACCACAACAACAGCAGGUACCUUCAUCCAAAAUAAAUACAGAAAAGCGUGAACGUCCUGGCAGACAGCAGGUGUAUCAAGCUGAUAAAGCACCACCGGCACCAUUCCCUCAAACAAAUGUUACCUCUUCUCAUCAACAACAGCAACAACAACCUUCGCAUCAACAGCAUAACCAAUUACAGCAACAAAAUUCGGUUGAGGGACAACGCUGCGAGAUAGUUUCGCAUAAAUCAGAUCAUAGGAAGGUUCCAACACCACGUGGCAGAGAAGAGCAACAUUCAGAACUACGACAGUUCGCUUCAGAUUUUAAGUUAGCAGAAACACCUACGCAAGAAACUCCACCCGUUACAAGAAAACACCAGCAUCAGCAAGAUUCUCAUUCUUCGCCUCAAAUUAAUCAGUCACAUCAUCAAUCACCUCAUCCACACACUACACCACAACAGCCACCACAGCAAUCACAACAACAGCAACAACACUCAAAUCCGCAGCAACAGCAGCAGCAACAACAACAACAGCAGCAGCAACAUCAAAAUCAACCAGUUCAGGAGGAACCUGUAGUUACAAGUAAACCACCACCAGGCCCAUUAUCUGUACGGCCCACGAGUCCUUCCCAGCCACAGCAACAACAACAACAACAGACACCUACAAGCACACCUACUGCAUCACAAGCUUCGCAAGAACCUGCUGUUGAUAAAAUUACAACGGCUUUCAAGAAAUCAACUUUAAAUCCAAAUGCUAAAGAAUUUAAUCCAAAUACUAAACCGUUCACACCGCGAUCGCCGAGUACACCAACGCCAAGCAGACCGCAUACUCCGCAAACUCCACAAUACACUGGAGCAACAAUGCCUGCGACGGUAGUUAUGCCAGCGUAUGUAAUGACUAGCCAACCACCUACUGCAUUCAGUCAACCACAAGCUCAACCUAUGACAAGGUUCCGGAAGGGUCAGUAUCUAGUACCAGUGAUGCACGCGCAACAUCGCACGCAAGAUAUAGCUUCUCAAAUGCAAGUGGUAGCGGCAACUGGACAGCCGUUAAUGGCACCAGCUCCUUUACAUCCACCAUUCCAGGUGCCUUAUCCUGGCCAACCGGCAUAUCAGCAGAUGGUACGCAUGGUUCAGGCACCACCACCACCGCCGCCGCAUAUGGCUACACCUUAUCAUCAUCAUGACUCACCAGGACCACAGGCUCCUGGUAUUCAGUACAUGGGUCCACAUACACAUCAACAUCCACACGUUGCUCAACAACCACCAAGCCAAACUCCCUCACCAGCAAAUCCUAAUCAAUCCCAUACACCGGGAACUUACAAUCCUCCUGGUACUCCACAGCCUACCUAUCCUCCACCUCCUCCUCAAGGCCAUGCUCCGAGUUAUCCAAUAAUGUGUCCUAUAAUUCCUCCUCAUAUACCAAUACCACCGCAGCACAUGCAAUACCUACCGCCGCAACCACCUCCGGGAGCGCAGCAAACUAUACCAGUGAUUUUGCCGCACAAUCAGUAGCUGCUAUCAGAAAUGGAUGAUGGACGAAAGAACUACUAGUAUUCUGCAGAGGUAGAAUAAGGUUUACAAAUCCAAGUUACUUUCAUAUCAUUAAGCACUUGAAAUUUACCUUUAUUCUUCGUAACAUUACAUCAGUAUAUCUGUAAACAAACGUAAAAAGUUAUCUCCUUAUUUUCACAUUGAAUAUCGUAUUUUCUUAAUAGCAGAGAGUAUCAUUCCAGAUAAAGUAACAAAUUUUUUAAUAUAAUCCAACAACCUUUACAAAUAGAAGAUUAUAAUCGUGUCAAGUGCUGAUUAUCUUGAAAGUGACUUUUUUUUCUAGAUGGGUUAAUUAACUAUAGAAAACCCACGAUGAUAUUUAGUCCCUCAAAUUAUACUUGAAUUUUAUUCAACACAUAAAUUACCACCAUGGAAAAAUAUAAGUUAUCGAUUUAAUUUAAAUGCAAUAAAAUACAGUUUUUUUUUUUUAAUUGAUUUAUAGUAACGUGUGAAAUGAAUUGGCAAUAAUGAUAAAUUACAAAAAUGAAAAAGCGAGGGACAAUGACUAUUAAAAGCUGCAAAAAGUAUUCGAAUUAAACAAAAAAUUUCACAUUUGAGUAUCGUGUAGUUUGCACUACUUUGUAAACAUUUAUUAAGCCAGAAUCCAACCAUUUCAAAGUUGGUGCAGAGUGCUAUACUACAGGCUGAUGAAAUGUCGGUCUUUAAAGAUUCGAGUACUCAAAACUGAAAAAACAAAAUCAUGAACAUCACGCGAAUAAAAAUCCUUUUUUUUUUACACGAAAUGAUUAUUGGAAUGAUGUAAAAAAAUAGAACAUAUAACAUAUUUUUCUGCCCGCGCUUUCAUACUUGAUAUUUCACCGCGGUGAACAAGAAGCACAGAAACAGAUCAAUAUAACUUCUAACUUUAAUUAAAAUUGCAUUCGAUUAUGCAAAGUUGAACGACACAACGGCAAAACAAUUGAGAUAAAAUUUCAAAUUUCGCAAUUUGUUGACGAUAAAUUUUGUUACGAGAUGCUAAUACAUCAAGUCUUCGAAACAAACAAUGAAUUAGAAAAAAAAUGUAUAAGAAAGAACGGGUCCGACAAGGUACGUCGUUUAAAACGAUUCGCUAAUUGUCGUGACAGAAAAGCAUCUGUCUAUGAAAGAGGUACAAAUGUUCAAAAUUGUAUUAUUUUUAGUUGGUAGUUAAAAACACAAAUCUCUGAUAUUAACACGGUAUAUGUAUGUGCAUAUAUAUAUUGCAUAAAUCAAACAGGUAAUAAGUUAUUUAAAAAAAAAAACCCGUAACAAUAGGAAUCGUUGCUUCAAUUAUAUCUUAUUUUUAAAUUCUCAUCUUAGCGUUAAAAUAUUUUGAAACUGUAUAUUACUUGAUUUACGUAGAUACCGUGUAAUCUAUGUAUCUUUUUAAACGAAUUUAUUUUUCUUAUAAAUAAUAUAUGUUAUAAAUUAAAAGAAGUAGACAUACAAAGAGUCAAAGAAAUGUAGAACAAAAAAUGACAGAAAUAUUUUAUUGUCCGAGAUAGAUCAUGAGGAAUUCAUUAUAUCAAAUACUCAAAACUGUUAAUGAGAUAAUUCUGUUGAUUGUGUACCUCUUAUGUAUAAAUGAAAUACUAUCAGAUGCUGUGACAUUGAAAAAGACAAGUUGAAUUACGGCCUUAGACCUAGUCGUGUAUAUAAGAGAAAUGAAGGCAAGGACGAUCCUUAUUUGAGAGAUAGUUGAGUGUGUGGCAUCGUUAGACACAAAUUUUAUAUCGAAGAGAUUUAAAAAAAACAUCAAAAUAAAGUCAAUGCGUUAAAAGCCAA